CAGGAAGUCCAAAAAAAAGAAGCUGUACAACAACUUUGUCAAUAGUCCCGGAGUAAUUUUCUAGGGGUAAAGAAAAAAAAAGUUACCGAUAUAAUAUAAAAAGAAGGUAAAUGAAUGAGUGAUAUGAGAUUAUUAUUUCCGCACACAAUUAUGAAUACUAUGACUGCCACGCAUUCUUCCACCACUUGUUCUUCCAUGCCCGAUAUUUUAAGAUCACGUACUGUUAUGGAUGUGUCAAAUCUGUUAUCACCUGCUCCUCCCUUGAAAGCCAAACGAAAGCGAGCUUCGCCUUCACAGUUAUCAGUUCUCAACCGAGUGUUCAAUCAGACCUAUUUUCCCUCUACUGAAUUACGAAUGGAACUCGGUAAACAGCUGGGUAUGAGCCCGCGCACUGUACAAAUAUGGUUCCAGAACAAACGUCAAUCCAUCCGUGCUCAUGAAAAGCAUCAUCAAUAUCACCACCAUCAUCAUCAGCAUCAGCAUUCUCAUCAACAUCCCCAUACAUAUCCGUCUCAACAACAUCAUCAACGGUCUCCUUCUUUACAGCGGUCUUCGCCUUCAUCGUCACCUGUAAAACAGUCACUGAUGCUCUCGCCUCCAAGCUCACCCUAUAUGCGGCCCACUGGCAUCUCCUUGCCACCCCUUCGUCUACCUCCCCCAGCAAGCUUUCCCUUGACCCCAUCCUCCUCGGCAUACCCAAGCCCGGAUUCGAUGAAUUCCAUUUUUUUCCGGGACUGAAAACUGAAAAAAAGCAAUCUUUGCCUUGACGACGAAUCCAUGCGAACGGAACUAUUAGCGUCUUGCUGGUCUCAACGAUCAUCAAUUGAGCCCAAUGUAGGACCUCUUUGCACUGUUCGUUCCUUUCACUUGCUUGUUCUUUUAUUCUUUUUCUUGCAUUCCCCAGUUACCCAAUUCUUUUCUUUUUGGUUUUUCUCGAUUAGUCUUACUUUCAUUGUUAUUGCGAGUGCCCGUGUAUACAUACCUUGUCUCUCCUGCUUGUGCUACCCUUAAAAAAUUUAUUAUGCAUUUCUUCCCUUUCUAUUAGUAUUACUGCACGUCUUGUAUGAUAACCGUGUUCUUCUUUUCAUCUAUUAUGUUCAUUGUAUAUGCUCGCCAUCACGAAUCGAUUUACGAUUGCUUUUUAAAUAUACAUAAUGCUCGCCGCUAAUGCCAUGGAUAACUCAUGUGAUCUUUAUUAUUAUUGUGCACGUACCUAAAGAAG